UUGCCUUUCGGUCUCGAAGGCGGCGUGACGAUCAACGAUCGUACUCGAUUUACAGUUUUUCCAACGGAGCGCGCGAGUUUGUGACCGAUUUUUUUUGUGUUACGUUUCGUUCCGUAUUCCAUCGUCGUCGGUUUUGUUUACGUUCUUCGUCAAUCGUCUAGACAGGGAAAUUCCGCGAAACACUGAGAAAAGCUCGCCAAAAGAUUGGCUACGGUGGGUGGUGCACGUUUGUGCUUUCCGUUGUGGGGUUUUGAUAGUGGGUUGAAGUGUGAUUUUCCUUGUGAUUCUAUCCGUAUAUUCAUGAUUCACAGUGAUAUCGUGUGAUAGCCAGCAUAGCUAGAAGCAUAGCAAAAAGCCAUUUGGAAUAAUUAAGUGUGAUUGAUUAGUGAGGAAAUUCGAAGAAGCACUCGAAUCAAAAAUGCAGCACCAUCCAGGUUCCUGGUACAUACCGUGGGGUGUCCCGGGGAUGGGCCUACAGAAGAUGCUGGCGGUUCCGUUUAAUCCGGCUACGGCCGGUUUCCACCAGCCUCAGAUUGCGGCCGCAGCAGUUCAGCCGCCGCCACAGGUUCAGACCGCUGGCCAGCAGCAAGCCGGCCAGCAGGCCGCGUCCUAUCACCAUCAGCACCAGCUGCAUCAGCAUCAUCCGGCAGCGGCCCUACACAAUCCGGCUGCGGCAGUCGCAGCCGCCGCUGCCAUGCAGCAUCAGCCCUUACAUCCAGCGGCCGCUGCCGCCAUGUUCACCCCGUUGAACCUGCGCAGCUUCAUGGCACACCAUCCGGCGGCCCAUCUGAACCUCGGCCAGCAGCCGAUUGCGGCCGCCCAGCAGCCACAGCACACGCCGUCGUCGAUCCCCGGCACGCCCCAAACUCAGAGCCAGCAGCUGACCGCGCUCGGGUUGAAUGGGGCCAUUGGGGCCAUGGUGCCAAUGCGACAACAGCAGCCGGCACCACCGCAGCCAGGAUUGCCGCCACAGUCGCAGAAGACGCCCACCAACGUGGUGUCCACCAGUACGCUCAUCAUGCCGAUGAGAAAGAUCAUCAUGUCCGAGAAGGACAAGACCAAGUUGGUCUCCACGGAGAAGCGGAAAGCCGACGAAAGCGAACCCGUUAAGGAUCUCAAAAAGGCAAAGCUGGAAACCAAAGCACUGAAAGCCAAACGGCCGGGCUUCACGGACGAGCGGUACCACGAGACCUCCUACUACAUCGAAAAUGGCCUUCGGAAGGUGUACCCGUACUACUUCACCUUCACCACGUUCACCAAGGGCCGCUGGGUGGGCGAGAAAAUUCUGGACGUGUUCGCCCGUGAGUUCCGGGCCCAUCCGGCCGAGGAGUACGAGCGGUGCAUCAAGGCCGGCACCCUGACGGUCAACUACGAAAAAGUGCCAACAGACUAUAGGUUAAAGCAUAACGAUCUCCUGGCGAACAUCGUGCACAGGCACGAGACGCCCGUUCUUGAUCACCCCAUCAAUAUAAUCUAUGUUGACAACGAUCUCGUUGUAUUGGACAAACCUUGCUCGUUGCCGGUCCAUCCUUGCGGUCGCUAUCGCCACAACACGGUCGUGUUCAUCCUGGCCAAGGAGUACAACCUGAAGAAUCUGCGGACCAUCCAUCGGCUGGACCGGUUGACGUCGGGGCUGCUGCUGUUCGGGCGGAGUCCGAAAAAAGCCCGCCAGAUGGAGCACCAGAUCCGGAACCGACAGGUGCAGAAGGAGUACAUCUGCCGGGUGGAGGGCGAGUUCCCAGAUGGCAUCAUUGAAUGCAAAGAACCGAUUGAAGUGGUGAGCUACAAAAUCGGUGUCUGCAAGGUUUCAGCAAAGGGUAAAGAAUGCACCACCACCUUCCAGAAGCUGGGCUACAAUGGCACCAGCAGCGUUGUUCUGUGCAAGCCCCUAACCGGCCGCAUGCACCAAAUCCGGGUCCAUUUGCAGUAUCUGGGGUACCCCGUGGUAAACGACCCACUUUACAACCACGAGGUGUUCGGCCCUGCCAAGGGGCGAGGCGGCGACAUCGGAGGCAAAAGCGAUGAACAACUGGUGAAAGAUCUUAUCAACAUCCAUAAUGCGGAAAAUUGGCUCGGAAUUGACGGCGACUCGGAACUGUCCAUGUUCAAACCGAUGAAGAACGACUUGGAGGAUGGCAAGGGACCAAUUUUAAGUGACGACGACUCGGAGAGUGUGUCCCGCGAAGCUUCACCCUGCUCGGAAAGCCCCCGGCCAGUGUCGCUGGGCAGCGAGAGCCCCAACGAGAACAUGUGUGCCUCGAUCCUGACGCCGAACACGCUGAACGUCGUCGGCAGUGUCCACACCGGUAGCAGCAAUAGCAGUUCCACGGCGCUCAACACUCGGCUGCAGUCGCAAAAGGUUACUGUGGCUACGCAAACUGGACACGAAUCGCCCGAUCUGGCGUUCAACCCGGACAAGAUGACCACGGACAAGCACUGCUACGAGUGCAAGGUGCGCUACCGGGACCCGAAGCCACAGGAUUUGGUCAUGUACUUGCACGCCUGGAAGUACAAGGGCCCCGGCUGGGAGUACGAAACCGAGUUGCCCGAAUGGGCCCGCGUGGAUUGGCACGACGCCGACUUCGAAUGAAUGGCGUUGGCCAACGGCGCCGCCAUGCUGCUACCGCUGGAUUACUACGGAGACAUUCACUGAAUUCAAUAAUCCUUCCGUGGGAACGACCAAGUGGAAUCCAGCCGCACCGCAGUAGGAAGGUGUCCGUAUCGUGUAAAGUACGUAUAAAUAUCCGGGUGUAGAGAAAUACUCGGACUAAACUGUAUGAAUUAAGCCGUAAGACAGAUGAAACACUUAAGGAGUAGUGAGCAAGCAACUGUGACCAAAACCCGAGUGUGAUUUGAACCUGUGUUCCGAAAAGUGAUCACAUUAUGAAAUGUACGACGACGAUGACGAUGGUAGGAAGUGCAACAAUGAGCAACAGCAUCACCAACAACUCAGUAGACAAGCAAAAAGACAAAUAGGGCAGCCAAAAAGCUAAUUUGGCGCGGUCAUCGUGAAUCCUAAACAAUAACAAUGUUCAGUAGUGCAGAACGAGGGCUGCGACUCACAGCUCCUCUACUAAUAGUGGGGGCUUCAGCAGUCGUGGCCGAUAGAAUGAGAACGGAUUUAUCAAAACGGAUUUAAUUAAAAAGAAAAACAAGAAGGGGGCGAUGUUAGUUCUUGUGGAAGCAUAUAAUAAUAGGUCUUUAAGUUUUAGUGUAUUUAUAUAAGCAGGACAGAAGACGUUAUGGCAUAAGGACAUACUUGAACGCAGAAAAAAGAAUGUGAAAGUCGAAGCAACAAGCUACGACUGUAUUUCUUUAGGAAGUAGUAUAGCAUUGUGAAGACGCUACACGGAUGGAGGAGGAGGAGGACGUUGUUGUUUCUGUAAUUUUUAUUUAAUUCGAUAGCUAAGAGAGGUCUAAUAUCGACGCACCCACCCCACAGACAGACAGCUAGACAGACAGACAGAGGAAGGCGUGAGGCGUGCAAUAUUAGCUGAAUGGCGAAGGAAUCACGAGGCAUGAGGAAACUCGUCGGAAAUUAUGUAAAUUUGUCUGUGCCAAAGUACACCGCCAUCCAGUGGCAGAAGAGUGGAGAAAAACAAGCAGGAAAAAGUUCCACUUUGCAUUAACUAACAGAAGUAAGUGGUUGUCUUUCCUAGUGCUGCGACCGACAAGGUGGCUUUCCACUUCGUUACGGUAGUGGGUAAUCUAUGCGUUCAACAUGGUUUUAACGACCGUUUCGAGCGUUAUCGGACCUUGCUCUGUUUGUAAGCGGGAAGGGGGCGAAUCGUAGGAUCUUUUGUAGUAACCUGGAUGGAAAUAUGUUUUUGGUGGAUAUUUCAUCUAAUCCAAUUACGAAAUUGAAGGGGAUCAGACGUGGAAUGACAAAAUCGUUUUGGAAAUACAAGUUUGAAAAUAUUAAAUUAUAUGAAAUUUCAACCCAAAAUCUGUUUAAUCGAUGUGAUUUAGAAAACUUUUUUCUGUAAUUCAAAAAAUUAUUGAAUUGUGUAAUCAAAUGAAUUUUUGGUGCUUGUUUAGGCUCUGAUUUCAAAAGAAUAUUGUUAUUAAAUUGUCGUUUAUAUGCAGGGGAUACGUAAGAGUGCUUUUACGUAGUAACACUUUCCAGAAAUGGUUUUUUUUAUUUAUUUAUUAAGGCUCAGAAGUUUUCUGAAAACUUGACGGAGCCGAAUGCAAUUUAUUGUCUUCUUUAUCAAGACUUGCAGCCCGAAAUCAAAUUAUUGGAGCUAUUUGAGUUGAUUUCCUAUUAAUCUAUUUUUUUUUUCAACCAGAGAGAACACAUGUUCUACCACUCCCCCCCCCCUUUGUUCUUAACGAAGUCGGGUCGUUAAGGGGGUUAUUUCGUAGCUCAGUAUCCAAUGGGUUCAUCAUUUGUCAUAGCCAGUUUUUUAAAUCUUUUUGAAAAGGUAGCAGUUCUUGAUUGCUCCUCAGGGUCGUUGAGAUGUUCGAGAUGUCGUUCGUUGUGUGCGGAAUAUGGAGGAGAAGGCUGAUAUUGAGUGGCAAUUCCAAAUUUGUCAUUUACAUGUCUCACAGUGACGCUGCCCUGUUCUUGAGUAACUCAGUGCGUCGGGAGUGAAGUCGAGAUAGUUUAGAACCUUCUUUCCCGGGAGGAUGGAAUGGUUUACCAUUCGGGCAGACGAUCGUUGAUUAUGCUACUCAAUGGCCUAGGUGGCGCAUUCACAUGUUCGCGUUUUCAUUCGCUCGGUGUUGCUAUUCAGAAUUGAUUGGAUGACCCGGAUGAUAGAGUACUAAUCAAAAGGAGAGACAGCUUCAGCCAAGAACACCGAAUAGAGAUCCGAUGGCGAUGCACCGUCGUCGGAGGUGACUUCAAUGCCGGCUCGAUCCUCUGAUCUCGAUACAUCAGCUCGAUCUCCAGAUUGUCGAAAACUGCAAUCUGUUCAUUAUACCUAUUGCCAGAAGAGUGCUCGAGUUUGUUUUUUGUUACAUGUAUGAUUAAAAGCUUCGUUAGCUCGAUCAAGAAGGCAGCAGAUAUUAUAUCUGGGCUUGAUCUUCUCCAGUUAACUGACUAAAUGCAACGGUGGUCAUAUGCCGAAUAGGUAGCACGCCGUCCUAGGCACAAUCGGAGACUGCUGUUGUGCACAUAAGUGGUCCGGAGGUUUUAUGUUGGUGAUGCCGGUUCGAGUCUGCAGAGAAGAGGGCUAGCAAUUGACGCAUCCGCCUCUCGGAGCAGCGUAAGCGGUCACUUCUCGUCUGUUCAACAUGUCAAGCUUGGUCGAAAUUGUUCCCGAAUGUUUUUCAGACAAAGAACCAGUUCGACUGAACAAUAUUUCCGGCUGUUUGUCCAUUUCAACCAAAAGACAUUUUCGGCCAGAUGAAUUUCGGCCGAAUGGCUUGUUCAGUCAAAUGACAUGUUUCGAUUUCCCGUUGUUUAGACGAAAAGCAUUUGACAAUUGGAAAGCAAUUUGUUCGUAUGCCGCUUGACUAAAUAACAUGUUAAGCCGAAUUCCAUUUGGAUGAAUAGAAAGUUUGGUCGAAACAGUUAUUAGGUCAAAUAUGAUUUAGCUGAAAAUGUCAUUUAGCCGAAAGCGACAUAUGACCGAAAGGGACACUGGUAAUUUGACCGAAGAAGUCGUUUGCCCGAAAAGGUCAUUUGACCGAAAAUGUUGUUCGGCCGUACAGGUAAUUUGGUCAAAAAAGCCGUUUAGCCGAAUCAAUCGUUUGGCGUAGGUCAUUUGGCCGAAAAUGUAAUUUGGUCGAAAUGGUCGUUUGGUAGAAAGUUUGGGUAGGUAGUUUUUUUAAACCUAUGGUAUUUUUCCGAUGUAAUGCGCACUGAUACAAAUGAAAGAUAUCAGGCAAACAAUAACACUGCAAAACUAGCAAUCUAUUGCCGUAUAAAAUUGCUGCUCACGAACUGUUUAAAUUCUGCCUACUGUGCUCAAAAUCCGACAUCGUCGCGAUGUCGACUCAGCAUCUCCUUGCAGGACGAAAGACCGGCUCGUUUUUUAGCUUGAUACCCGAUUGCAGACUCUGCUCCCACCUUGUUCACAACAUAUCGAACGGCGAUGUUGUGGGUUCAACUAACACAGCUGGCCACUCUUUUUGUCAACACCUCAUCACCUUCCGGUUUCCUGAAGCUGUCCGUAAAAGAUCUCCUUACACUUUCGGUGACAGUUGAUUUGACCACAUUCAAUUAUUUCGCAUGACAGACGAGUAGUUUCUAUUUUUGCUAUGUGCGUGCAAAUUGUUGGCUUCUACCUCAGUUCGACAACUAAAGCGAAAAUCUUGGAAUCAAAACAGGCACAAUGGAAAAGAAUGAGUCAAGUUUAAGUCGACCAAACGUUGAUUUUUUACCAGAAUGGCGAAUAAGAACCUUGACGUCCUGAUAAAAUUCCUGAAUUUAUUGAAACGGUAUUGUGGGAUUCCUCGAGUCCUGAAAGAAUUUAUGGUUUUCAAAACAUGAUUAAAAUUGGUAAAGUGGAUCAUAAAAUUUUUGUUUUAGGCUAAUAAAUUGCGGAUUUGGUUGAUAUAUUAUGGACCCUUCUAGAAUUCAUAAUUAGAACAAAUAACUUCGAUGAUAAAAGUUUUUUGAAAACAAUUCAGAUUUUUUUUGUAGAUCUUCAUAUUUUCCGAUUUCACUUCUGAAACAAGAAUAGAAUUCUUUUAGUUCAUACUCAGGUGCCAAAAUGUGGCCCACCGCUUACUAAUUCAAUAGUCUCGCUUUAACUUUUUGAUGAAUAUAAUUGUUUGCCAUUUAUAGGCAUGAGAGCAACGUCUCCAGCCUAACGAUAUCUUGCCAUCCUUCUUUCGUCCGCCUUGCUAUUUAGCGUUAAAUAAAUUAAAUGUUUUGUUUUUUUUUCACAAACUUACUCAAAAUAAAGCUUCAUUUGUCAAACUUGUACUGCAGAUAUAUUUAUCCAUCUCGUUACACUCCACAAACUCUCAACUUUGUAGUCGCGGUUUGGCCCGAGUACAAAAUUGAAAUCGCAAUAUAUUUUACCUGCGAUGAUUUGCACGGCGCGUCGGGGGCACGACAGUUCCAUUAGUCGCGGGACGACUAUUAUUAGGUUGGUAAUUCGUGUUAACCAGCAAAUCAUGCAAGCUGUUGCUGUAUUUUGCACCACAGAGCAUUUUAUUAGAGGUGAGGAAGAGGCGGUACUCAAUGCCCGAACGCUGAAAAGUUCUGAACCGCAACCCGGUGACAGAAACAUUAUUGUUAUUCGAGUGUUUGGCCCCGCAGUGGCUGUAGCAGCGCGAUGUUUAUUGCUAGCAAUUUUAAUUAAAACCAAAUUGAAUUUUAAUAUCUAUGACCAGCGAAAUUAAUGAAGAGUUUCGCUCAAUAUGGGAUGCGCGAGAGAGUGGCGAACAUAUGAUGGCGGUGAUUGCAGUGAUGAUAAUGAGGUUGACUGUUGACAGUUAGCCGCAUAACGAAUUAAUGGCUUUCCCAACAGAAGAGAUUUUCAUUAGAGCUGAAUUUCAAUUGUAAUUUUGAACUUACUAACAAAAAUUGUAUAUUUUUUUUAUUUUGGGUUUCUUAUUGACAUGUGCAUAAUUGAAAACGAGCGAUAAGAAAUUCAUUACCGAUCGGAUAAAAAAUCGCGUGAGAACAUUUAUCGAAAUCAAUGAAUUAAAAGCGAGAUACAAACGGCAGUAAAGUGGUUAAUAAAUGGAAAUCCCCGUAAUCCAAUUUUUACAACGGCAACCGAUAAUCUACCGAUCGCAAUAAAUCGAUUUGGAUACGUAAUUUCAAUGAAUGUGAAAAUGUAAUAAAUCGGCAUGGAGUUUUUAUGUCGAAUUAAUCGAAACAAUGCACACGAAACUUACUAUUUUCGGCUCACUCACCCUUCUGUGUGGAUAUUCCCGAAAAAUUAUGCAUUUAUCGCUGGGAGCACAUUUACUCUCAUAGCGACAUGUUUAAAUGAGAUUAUAUUUUAAAUGAGAUGUAGAUUUUUUCUUUCUGAUUACUUAAUUGGAUGGUUUCAACAAAGGCAGAGCGUAAUUAAUCAAAGUUGCUUUCCUGUUAUUGAAAUUAAGUUCGCACGUUGUAUGCUCCUACAUCGCCAUAAUUAUUCUCAUCAGACUGAAAUUAGGCUGAUAACGACAAAGAACACGCAUCGAGGCCAACAAAAAACUAAUGGGAACAAUCCAACGAAAUGUGGAUAAUAGAAUAUGGAAAUGAAAAGGCCAUUGGGGGAAAAAGAAAAUUGAUUCGUUUCAGGAAACUUUUUCGCGCUGGGGCGGGAAUCAAUGUUUCAUACCUACUCCUGUGCGAUGGGGGAAAAAGUUUGUUUUUCGUUCUCCCAUCAUCUGGGAGAAAGAUGAACCCAAUCGUAGUAGGCCUGCAUGCAGCAUGAUCAAUCAGAACGCUGGCGCUGGUUCCAUCAGUUGGGUAUGCUGCUCAGGCGAGCGAUUACAAAACAUGUGACUUCGUUGAUAUCAAUCAGUUGAACGAGAGGUGGGCCUGGAACAGUGUCAAGUCACUGUCAGAAACUCAACUUCCAUCAUCAUUAUUUCAAAGUAAGCCUUCAUUAGUGAAGAAGACACCGACUUUUCGGGGGGAAAACUUGUGAAAAGACAUACUUUCGUUCAAAAGAAAAUAUAAAAAUUUAUAUAAUGAAGCAAAGGAAAGAAACUGCUGCAUUAAUAACAGAACGAAAGCUACACUCACGAGUUCCGAAUUUUAAGAAAAAGUUGCUCGUUUGUUUCGAAUUUGUACGAUUUUCUUCUUCUAUGAAUAGGAUAAUAUGCGUGUCUAGUACCUAGCAGUGGCAGACAAGUAAAGCGUUGAAAACGGAAGGAAACGUGAUAAGAAAAGCAGGUAAUGUUGAUAAGAAGGAUUCCAAUCGGUGAAGUUUUCUCAGUGAUCAAAAUUGUGCCAGAAAUCCGAAUUUUAAAAUUCAUCCUCAUUUAAUCUCCUUAUCCUUGAUAUUUUUGAUGUUGUUUGAGAUUGAGCUAGAAAUUCAAUUCAUUUGAACACAUGCGAAUUCUAUCGAAAUCAGUCGAGGACAUGCUACAAAGAGGUUAGUUCCUAUAAAUGCUCAGCUUUGCCUGAGCACCGAGUGCUUUUAUUUUUAGUUGACUGCAGGAAUACGCAGAACAGUCUCCUGAAAACUCCGUCAACAACACACUUUUACUCCGAACGAGUUUUCUCAUCCUCUUGCGAAAAGCAGGAAACGCAGUCGAUUGUACGAGGCCAACAAAGUGCAAGGCGCGAAUUUCAAAUCACUUUUGACCGACUUUUCAGCCAGCUCAGGAAGCCUAAUCGGUCGGGAUAUGAAAUUCUUUCACUCCGUAGCAUCUCAGUAAAUCUGUGGGGGAAAGUUCCGGAUCGUUUUUCAACAAGAAAGAUUGAAAAAAUGGCACUCAACGAUCAGAGAGGGGGAAUGACGCAUCAAGCAUUACAUAACCUAGAAAACGGAUAAAAGACAAUAACGGUUAUUUAGUAGAAUCCAAUUCACUUAUUUAAUGCCAACAAAUUCAUUAGUUGUACUUUAGUUAGUGUCCAUUUAUGUUGUAAUUUGUAGAACACUGUCGUUUCAAAUAAUUUUAACCUAAAACAUAUUAAAUCAAUGUAUGUAUAAGUAAUCCCAUCUCUGCGUUUUUCGUUGUUGUUUUGUUUUGAGGCAAAAAUCGUCCGAAGCAAUUGUUAGUAAGAAUAAGAAAAUGCCAGUUCACAACUUUGUUAGUUAUUAUCUUAUUUUGUCGCAUAAAAAUGUGUCCAAUUAUGAAGUAUAUUCUUAUAAUUUAGGUUGCCCAUAAGUUUAUGUUACAAUCGAAAAUUUGAUAAGCAAAUUUUCAUCAUUUAAUCAUAUUUGUUUGCUGUGUUAUCGAUACUCCUUUCUUUCCAAUCGAAUCAUGUUGAUCAAUAAAGUUUAAUUUGCUUCUCUAUAAUUUCGUUACUUCUAAAUUAUAUUAGCCAAUGUUUCGAAGUGGUUGAUAAUAUCACCCUCCUGAGGAUAGUUUCAAGAGAUUAUUCAUUGCGUUCUUUCAUACGAUCGUUUUUGUAAGUUGUUUCACAAACAAAAAAUAUUAAAAAGAAGAAAAAUUGUCACUGCAGAAGUGCGUCUCCCAAAGAUUAUUAAUCCUUUCUGAUGGUUUUAAAAGCUAUAAUUUGUUCUAAGAAAAACUUUUAUGAAGCCAUCAUAAAACUAUCAAUGUUACAGGAGUUGUUGUUGUCGUCGUUGAGAAUUAAAAUCAAAUCGUGCCUUUUCGUAGUAAAAAAAAACAAACAAACAAAACUACAAAAAAAUGAACAGUUGAUAAUGAAGAGGAGAUGAGAAUAAUAAUGAUAAAAUGUCGAUAAUAAUAGUGAAAUCAAGAAUCAAUAAAACAUGAAGAUAGUUGUAGCUGACAACAGAGAUGUACACUUUUAGAAGCGCAUCUAAAUAUAAGAAGUAUGAAGCUGUACAAUAAUACACAGUUGACCGUGGUGAAAACGGACGGAUAAAACGUUUUGGCAGGUGUUCUGAUAUUGAAGUGAAUAAUUUUUUACUACAUUCAUAGUGCAUUGAGAACAAAUAACAUCCACAUAACACUUUCCAUUCAUAUAGCGAUAUCUUGUAGUUCUUUACAAAUAGUUUGAUAUUUAACGAAGAAAAUGCAAUCGCAAUGUUUGCCACAAAAAAAAAAUCAUAAAUUUCAAUAUUUCCCACAACUUUAAACAAAAAUAUAAAUCAUCACAUAUUUUAUAUGAGCGAUAACGUCACUCGUCAAAAUCUUAAAUCAAAAUCAACCAAUCACACAUGCAAAACGGAUACAAAGUCAAAAAAAUAAUCAAACUCGAACACAAAAGCGUUUCAUCUUUGUACUUUCAUUGUAGCUAUCUCUAUAUACAUAAACUUGCAAAAAAAAAACUAAAGUGAUGAAUGCGGAAAAAAGAGGAAACAAUUACUGGUAAGCUCCUAUACAUACAUACUAAUUCACAUCUAAUUAUUUAAUGAAAAGAAAACAUAUACAAUAAGCUUUCCCCAUUGACUCCAUACCAACUAUCACUGCUAAAAAUUGAAUAUACUCAUCAAUCUGCGCCCCCGAAGCUAUGUACCAUCACGAGAUACUCACAAUACAGUCGGCUCUAUUUAUAGCGAAUAGUUCAAUCAAAAUCAAAUGCCGAAGGAUAGUAAUCCCCUUGAACCAAGAGCUUGCGAAACGUGUCGGUAACAAUCUUGACGACUAUUUUAUCAAAAAUCAAAUCGCGUUUUUCUUCUCUUUUUUUUUAGUUCUCGCUAUCAUUUUUUUCAUCAACGAGACAUUCAGCCCAAGGUUAGACUCGUGUUAAUUAUCAGUGUUCUGGGAGCAUGAAGCGUUUGUUUUUAGUAAAUGACUUGUUUAUGAUUUACUUGGCAAAAUUCAUCGGGAGAUUUUUCCGGAAAAUUUUUUAGAUAUUCACGGAAAGUUCUGCGAAAUUUUCAUAUUUUACUUAGGAGAAUCUUUGGAUAUCAACCGGAAGGAAUCUUCACAGGACUCUUUCUACAAAUUUAUCGGCAUUUUUACAGGAAGUUCAUCGAUGUUUCCACUGGGAAUGAUUCGGAAUCCACGGGAAGUUUCUCGGGAGUCUUACAGAAAACUAUUCAGAAUUUUCUCGAAAAAACUUGAGUUCUUUGGUAUUUUGUGGAAAUUCAUCUGAAUGUCUAUGGGAAACUUUUCUUGAUUUUUUUUUGGAAUCCUAUAUAAUGCAGAAUUUUAGGAGUUUAUAUAGGGACAUAUUUGGAAAUUUCUAAUCGUAAUUUUUCGAGAUUUUCACAAAAAAUAGAAUGGAAUUUUCUUGGGAGAUUUCUCGAAUUUUUCACGUGAAAUUCUCAGGAAUCUUUAUGAAAUAUUAUUUGUAGUUUCCACAGAAUUUUUAUUGAUAUCCACGAGCAAGUUUUCGUAAUUCUUUUCCAAUAUGAGCACUUUAUUUUAAACCAUCAGUCUAUGCAUAUAUCAUCCUUAUUUGUUUUGUCGGAAGCUCAUGCUUAGAAAUAAUCUACCACAAUUCAUUUUUUUAGUGUAGUUAAGAUUAACUUUAUUUCCUUGCUUAAGCGUUGCUCGGUUACAAUAGAGGAAGGGGAGGGGGGUGGGGCAAUAUGUCCUACCGAAGCUAAAACUGCUCUAAUGUCUCAACUGUAUCGAUUUUCAUGGGUAUUUUUACUUCAUGCAACAGUUAAACAAAAGCUAGCGGAUGGCAUCUUAAAAUUAAAGAAAAUCUUAAUCAUAUUCAUAAUAUUCACAUUUGAAAUAAGAGGUGAUAUUUCGUUUCCGGAAAGCUCACGAGGUAAAACGUCUUUUAGCAGGCAACUCUUAGGGAACAAUGCACCACGCCUCGGCAAAUCAGCAUUCUGGUAUGAACCGUGCGUGGAGACGCGUAGUACAUUGUGGGUUAGUAUGAUCGGCCAUAUGAUCGCUCCAAAAAGAAACUUUUUAUAGAAGGCCUGGAGACCCAUAGUGAUAUAAACCGAUUGACUCAGUUCGACGAAUUGAGGUUAUGUCUAUGUGUAUGUGUGUGUAUCUGUGCGCACCCACCCAAUUAAAUGAAGCACUUAAUCAUUCGACGCAGAAUCUUGUCCCUUUGUUUCCUAUUGAAUAAUGGCCAGAUCGGACUAUGAGUUCAGAAAUUAUGGCCAAAAUACUAUUUUUCAUUGAAAAAUUUCGUAAAAAAAUGACACUAAUUGUUCAGGUACUUAUCUUUAACCGAUUUGCUUGCAAGUUGCAUUCGACACAGAAUGUUGUUUCCUAUUGAAAAUUGACCAGUUUAGACUGUGGGCUCAAAAGUAAUGGCCAAAAUACUAUUUUUUUAAUAAUGCACGAGAAAGGCACCAUCACCGCUAGGUGGAUCAAUCAGGGUUUUUUGGCAUUUUUCGAUGGCAUGUUGGAUAUUACCUGAGAUGAUAUUACAAGGCAUGGGAUGACGGGAUGAAUUUAGAGUCGUCAGCAAAAAAUAAAUAUUUGACAUUGUCAAUCAUCACCAUGACAGCGAUGACAAAAUUGCAGCGGUUAGACAGAAAACAGCGAAUGAUCUUCAAAACGUACAGGGGAGAAUUCCCUAGAAGCAACUUAUGCAGAAUUUCUUCUUAUAGUCGUUGUUUCAAUAUCAAGGAACUCUAUACCUGAAGGUUCUCUCAAUGCAAAUAUUCUACGUACAAAUUGUAUAAAUUGUGUGGUUAAUUGAAUGUCCUCUUCAGAAGCCGAAUUGCACAUCAGAAAUAAUCCAAUUUAUUUCCAGGUGAAGUUCAAAUAUUUUCAAGAUUAUCCGCAUCUAAAGCUUACUGAUACUGAGUAUCAAUCAUCAAAUACAUCAACAACUCGAACAAUGAUAUCCUUUCCUGGGUGAACAGUAGUGACUCUCCCCAAUUUUCAUACUUCGCCACCGCACCAAAUGUGUCAUGUACAAGACGCUUAUAAGACCGGUUGCCCUCUACGGACAUGAAACAUGGACAAUGCUCGAGGAGGACUUGCAAGCACUCGGAGUAUUCGAGAGACGGGUGCUUAGGACCAUCUUUGGCGGUGUGCAAGAAGACGGUGUGUGGCGGUGAAGAAUGAACCAUGAGCUCGCCCAGCUCUACGGCGAACCCAGUAUCCAGAAGGUAGCUAAAGCCGGAAGGGUACGAUGGGCAGGACAUGUUGCAAGAAUGCCGGACAGCAACCCUUCAAAGAUGGUGUUCGCUUCCGAUCCGGCAGGUACGAGACAGCGUGGAGCGCAGCGAGCGAGAUGGGCAGACCAGGUGCAAAACGACUUGGCGAGCGUGGGGCGUAUCCGAGGAUGGAGAGAUUCGGCCUCGAACCGUGUAUUGUGGCGUCAAAUUGUUGAUUCAGUGUUAUCUGUUUAGAUGUAAACUAAAUAAAUGAAAAAUGAAUGAAAUGAAUGCUGGUUGGUUGUCUUCUGCUAGUAAAACCACUGCUUCGAUUUCUACAUUUGGCUGAUCUUUCGUCCAUUUAACUCUUGACUGGAGUGUCGAUAAAUACUCUUUUGGUCAACUUUUGCGAAAAUGAUCCCGCAGUUGAUUUAGGUAUUGCCAUCUGAUCAGACGGUUAGCGGGAACAUAUUUAUAGGAUGGCUUACGCUUAAUUAUUGGCUCCAAAUGGUCUACCAAGAAGAAGAUGCGAUGGAGAUAUUGGUUGUAGGUCUUUUUGGUCAUCCGAGAAUUGACCUUGGUGGAAUAAAUUCCCAUUAGACUUCCCGAGGUAGCAGGAAAUUGUCAAUUUAAUUUCUUACAAGCUUGUCAUUAAAUAAGAUAAGCAAUUAACGCAACUCCUUAAAUGCACCGACGAAAUGAGUUCUAUUGUCCGAAAACAUACCGGGAUCUCAGCGAUUUGUUACCGAGAUGCGCACAGCCGUACCCCAGCAAACAUAUUUUUUGCUGAGUUUUCUGGCAAAGUUGCUGAAAAUCAGCAAAUAAUUUGCCGAAACCCAGCCUAAAAACGCCAUUUUUGCCGGUAUAUCAGUUUUAAUUUCACUGGCUACAUGGCUGUGCGGAUUUAGCCGAGGUGCAGAAAUAAAAACUGAGUUUGAUGCACUGAAGAUCUUCAUGAAAAUCGCUUGGUUCAAGAUCAUAGAUGAUGUAGUUCAUUGCCACACGCAUAUCUUGUAUGGUUAGCUUUAUACAGGAAUUCCCUUGUCCUUGAUUGUUCUAACUCGGCGGACAAAGCGUGCGAUAUGAGCAUAUACACGCUGUAACCUAAGAAAUGAAUUUGAUUUCAGGAUGCUUCAUUAUUGGAUUUGCUAUAACUACAUCCUUUAGCUCAGGAAUUAUAUUUUCGGGAAUAUCUUCUGUAGGUUCUGUUUUAUAUUUAGCUUCACGAAGGAAAUUUGGACCGCUCCACCAUUGCUGGUUUUUGCCAAACAAGGCUGGCUUCAUUCCACGGGAUACAACGUCCGCUGGGUUUUGAUCCGUUCUAAUGUAGUUCCAAUGGCAGUGCUUAUUCAAUUAAUUGGUUUCAGCUACACGAUUUCGAACGAAUACUUGCAGUCGAUUCAAAGGUUUCUUCAUCCAAGCCAAGGCUAUUUGACUGUCGGACCAUAAUUUGAUUCCACGAAUAUUUGGUGUGAGAACAGGAAAUCUUUUGUCCAAUAAUUUGGCUAGAAAUAAAUUGACACAAAGUUCCAAUCUUGGGAUUGUUAUUUCAUGUUAUCUCUUCUACUGCUUCCGGAUAAUUCUCUCUCUCGUCGUGGGCCAACUAAAUAAGUGAUCUUACACCUUGAAACAAAGCUGCUGAUGCUCCGUAAGUAACGGUUGAAAACUCCAAUGCCUUUCACUCUUUCGAUGAAGAACUUUUCCAAAAUAUUCUCUGUUUAAGUGUUUGGGAUGGAUCGAUGAGAAUUUGUCGAUACAUUUUCGUAUCGUCCACGGAAAAUGUAUAAAUAUGAGUUCAAAACUUUAGUGCAGGUCACUUUGACUGUUAGUUCCUGUCAUCAAUACGUCAUAUUUAAUGACUUUUUUUUUGUUUUUGCUAUCGAAUCAAACACUACUCGUUAUUUGUGCUGCUACUGGAUGGUUUUAGGACACAAUUAUGUGGAAGAUAAUAUGUUUGAAAAAGGGGUAAUCGUUUUCUUCAGUGCGUUUAUAAUCGAUAUUCAUUGAUAAAUACCGCAUAUUGAGUCAUCAAAUCUGGAUUACGCACCAGUCGUUUCUCCAAUAACAAGAUCUGGAAUUUCCUAAUUGUUGAACUGUUUCACGAAAGGGUAGCUGGACCACGAAUCGCCCAUCUUCGUUCCGACGAUAGGUACGUUGGAAAUGUUCUUCUUGGAAAAUCUUGUUGUUCACUAGUAUUAUUGGCUGGUUAUGUGUCAUCUUAUAGAUUAAAGUAUCGUUGUAAAGACCCUACCAAUCUGUCGGACACAGCCAAAUUUGCGCAUACUGGAGAAUCUUCCUCUGUUUCUUCGAGUGACCCAGCUGCAACCCAUCCGAACGUUGUUUCGUACAAGGUAGGUAGGUUGUCGGCAAACUUGAUCAGGCCUUGCUUCAGAAUAGGGAAGAAAUGUUCAGCUCCAAUCAGUAUUUCAACUUCACGAGAUUUAUUGAAUGAUGAAUCAGCUAAUACAAUACCAGGGAGAAUGUUCCAGGCAUCUACUUGAACAUUUGCCGUUGGAACGGAUCCGGUUACCUUUGGUGUGACACCACUACUCGAUAUGUGAAUUCGUACCUACUACGCUAAUUGUUUUGGAAGAUUCAAUUUCUUUGUUUUCCGAUCUUGCUACUGGUAGUUCUUCCUUCCAGCUUGACUUGUCGCUCGUAAUGGAGUAAAGUAUGAUGCUUCUUGGAGCACUAUCGACAUUAUUUGUCGCUAGGACAUGAUGCACUGCGAUGACCCGAUGAUGCGAUGAAUGACAAUUGAAGCAAAGUUUCAGCUCCUACAGCUUAUUUUGGCGCUGCUCUACAGUCAUCUUCUGGAAUGUUGGACAUUUGAAAUUCUGAAGUUUGCCGGAACAAAAAUCGCACACCGCUGCUAUAGAAAUUCGACCAUCUGCUCGUAGUUCCCGUUUGGUUGUUACAUGCUUCCCAAAGUUCAUGAGUUUGGUCGUUUAACGCACGUGUUAGUAGGGUCACCACAAACAGUUGAGAUACUCCUGUCAAACGCUGAUUUAGUUUUUAAAGAUUGUUCACAUAGCGGGUGCAUUCAUCGAAGAGAUUACGGAGUUCUUUCGACGACUUUAUUUUUUAUAAUUUGUAUCAUAAUGGAUUUCUAUUUAACAAAUAUUCCGUGUAUUCGACAAUGUUGUAGAAAUGUGAUUUGAAAUGUGUAGUUACUGAGUACUAUGAUCUUGGUCGGGAAUAGAGGUGCAGCCGUGUUCAAAUUUAAAGCGAUCUAUAUUUUCCCGAAUGUCUUUUUAAGUUUUUCAUUUAUCCAAUAAUUUGAACUUUAAUCUACUUUUUACGUUUUAUAUAAUUUAUAUCUUAAAAUUGUUCUGAUCGUAUAACAGGAGACCACACGCAAAAUCAAAAUAACUAAACAAAUGACAUAAACUACGCAACUAUUUUAAAUAUAAACAAAAAACAACUGUAAAAUUAAACCUAAAUAAACUAAAACAAAUCAUUGUUCAUCGAGCUUCUCUCAAAAUAAAACGUAAACAAAGAACUACUUUACUAUCUCUGACGACGAGUAGAUAGUAGA